AUGUCCCUUGGAUGCCACGCAGCCACGACGAUGACUUCAAGAGCAUUGAUAUCGAGAUGCAGUUGCACAAUCGCAUCAUCGCGAUCGCUGGCUAAUACCCGACACCACCCCGCUUUGGCCUCUUCGAACUUCUGCUCCUCAUCGUCGACCUCGAUCCCGGCGCCGAGACCCUUCUCGUCGUCGAAUCCCAGCUCGGCGCCGUACUCAGACUACCGAGAUCGGAAUAAAGACCGCGACCGAGACCGUGCUUAUGAUCGAGACCCGAGAGGGAAUGACCAGAACCGAGGCAGGGACGAUACCCGCCCUACCCAAUCCUACCCUGCCAGGAGGAACCCAACCUCUCCGACGUCCUCGCUCUCGUCGUCCACGUCAUCACCAUCAUCGACCUUCUCAGCUCGCGAAUUGUCGGCCCAAUACCCCUUGAGGUCCAACUCCAUCAAACACACUCGCCACGACUCGGACAGACCUACGCCGACGUUGCAGCCUCGUGUCGGACGAGCCCUUCGCGAAUGGCAGAAAUUGUCACCCGAGGAAAGGAAGCGCGAGGACAGGGCUCGCGAAAGGCUGCUCCGAACGAUGAGCCCCGAGAAGCUGUACGCCUUGGAGAGGGAACGCGCGAGGUUGAUUCAGACCAACUUCGAAAAGAGGGAUGCCGAAGAGAGGCAGCGAUUGCUCAAUAGUGCUAAGAACGUGGGAGCGACAGGGGUCGUCAGGAGGGUGAGCCAAUUGACAUCGACGUCGCCGUCCGGGAACAGCCGAGAGAUGGUGCCGGGCCGAGUCAACUCUCGGCUGUUGACGUACAGGAACUCGGACCGAAAUGCGGUACGCCCCGUUGUCCGGGGCGGAGUGCAACCCUCUUCCUCGGCCCAACGUAGACCGGCUAGGAAACAACCUCGAGCCCUCAAAAAAGUCACCCUUCCCACCACCGUUCGUCUCGAAAAUCUCACGCGCAUCCUCGGAGUACGGCUACCAACCUUGCAAAAGGCGAUGCAACGCAUCGGACUGGACAACGUCCGGCCCGAGCGCCUCUUGACCGCCGAGGACGCCUCCCUCGUUGCUCUCGAACUCAACUUUGAUCCCACCGUCGACGACGAGGCCGCGUUCGAUCUUUACCCUUUACCCAUCCUCGACGAAAUCGAGCGACCGCUGAGGCCACCAAUCACAGGCAUCUUUGGUCACGUCGAUCAUGGCAAGACUUCUUUGCUCGACGCACUGAGGCAAACCACCGUUGCCAAGGGUGAAGCGGGAGGGAUCACACAACACAUCGGUGCAUUCGAAGUCGAGGUUGAUGCCAUCGUUCGCAACCUCAGCAACGGCGGCAAGGACGGUGCCGUUCCCACUCCGUCUUCGAUCGAGCCCGACUCAGGCGCGACCAUUACGUUCCUGGAUACACCCGGCCAUGCUGCGUUCACGGCCAUGCGAGAACGUGGAGCAAGCGUGACCGACGUCGUCGUACUCGUCGUCGCUGCUGAUGACGGCGUGAAACCUCAAACCGAGGAAGUCAUCGGUCUCAUCAAGAGUGCCGAUGUCGGCGUCGUGGUCGCCAUCACUAAAGUUGACAAGCCUGGAGUGGAUACGGUAAGCUUCCACGCAUUGUUGCGGUCAUUCGAUCCUCGCUGACAUUGCUAAGAGCUUAUUUGCACCAGCUCAAGGUGAAGCAAGAAUUGAUGGCGGCCGGCGUGGAGAUUGAAGAUUUCGGCGGCGACAUCCCCUGCGUUGAGGUAUCUUCUGUCACAGGGCAAGGUCUGCCCACCCUCGUCGAGACAAUCUCUGCGAUCGCCGAGAUCCGCGAAUUGCGAGCCGAGCGAUCCGGCCGAGUGGAAGGUCGCGUCAUCGAGUCCAGGGUUGAAAAGGGGCGAGGUAACGUUGCGACGGUGUUGGUGAUGCGGGGUUGCUUGAGAGCGAGCGCCAGUCUCGUCGCGGGGACGACUUGGUGUCGAGUUCGAUCGCUUAUCCCUCCGACGGGCAAAGCGGUCUCACUCGUUUACCCUGGCCAACCGAUCGAGGUGACGGGAUGGAAAGAUUUGCCUAGCGCGGGCGACCUCGUCCUGGAAGCCGUCAACGAGGACGAGGCUAAGCGAGCGGUCACGAACCGCGUCAAGAAGAUCGAACAGCAGAAGCUUUGGGAAGAGGUUGAAGUCAUCAAUGAGAAGCGCAAGGUCGAUUCGGAGGUGGAGCUGAUCCGGAGGGAGGAAGAGGCCAAAGCCAAAGCCAAAGGGCUGCGUAGGAACGCCGUGAUGUACGCUGGACAGGCUGCGGUCGAGGAAUUGACGGGCGGUGAAGGUGCGGGUGUCAAGGAGUUGAUCCUCCUCAUCAAGGCCGAUGUCAGUGGUACGGUCGAGGCCGUCGUUGGAUCGCUCGAAGGGAUCGGCAACUCGGAAGCCAAGGUCAAGAUCGUCAGCUCGGGUGUCGGCGAUGUGCAGGAGUCGGACAUCGAGAUGGCCCGAGCGAUAGGUGGCGCCGUCGUUGCGUUCAACGUGCGCACCCCUGCAUCCGUCAUGAAACUCGCCGCUCGACCGCCACAUCCCGUUGCCGUCUACGCCUCAUCAAUCAUCUAUCGCCUCGUCGAUGCGAUUCGCGCCGCUGUGGCCGACUUACUCCCCAAGACGAUCGAGGUGCGCGUUCACGGUGAAGCGCUCGUCCAGCAACUUUUCUCCAUCACCAUCAAGGGUGUCAAGGUCCCCAAGGUCGUCGCUGGGUCCAAGAUCUCGAACGGGGUCUUCCAAAAGACUCGAAAGGCUCGCGUGGUGAGGAAUGGUGAAGUCAUCUUUACUGGCACUGUGGAUACGCUCAAGCACGUCAAGAAGGACGUGACCGAACUCACCAAGGGAGUCGAGUGUGGUAUUGCUUUGGAAGGUUUCGAAGGCUUCCAGGAGCAAGACUUGAUUCAGAGUAUCGAGGAGAUCGAAGUAGCGAGAACUCUCUAG